GUACUACUGCGGCAAACCAGUCAGGAAAACAAAGUAGACACGUGAAGCGUAGUAAACAAUGUGUUUGCUGAGGCUGAAACAAGAUCUAUGUCAAGUAUCUCUGACGAAUAUGAUCAAUAUGAUGUACAAGGAAACCGGAACCUUGAAGCAGACGACACCUGCAAUGGCCGCUGAUGGUGGAACAACAGUUGGCACGAACUCAAAGCUCGGAAUAGUUCAGGUCCAUACUCGUUUAUCCGAUGCAGGACAGUUUUCUUGCGCAGCAUUAUGUGCCUUAGGGCUUCGCCAGCUUUUUGAUAAUGAGAUACAUAGAAAAUUCAACAAGGAAACUCUUGAAGUUAUUGUCCAGCACUUAGAACAACCACCGCAGGUUAUAAAGUCAGUUGAGGCUAUAUAUGAAGGCCAUGGCUGUGUGGAUGCUCAUCCAUUUGUAGAUGUGCUGAUCAGUGAUGAGAUAUUAAAUGGUGAUGCAUCGCCAGUUGUUUUUGAACUUAUCAGCAUUGCAGUUUCACAGGGACACUAUGAUGCACGAAUGAGAGUGCUGAUCAAGCACGUUGCAUGGCUGCUACGUGUUGGUUGGAGUCAGGUUGAAGAGAUGGAAUGCAUCUUUGCAGAAUCACUGAACACAGAGAAAUAUGAAAUGUCACAGGAAGAAAAACUAGAACAACAGAAAAAAGCCAAAAGAUCCAAAUAUAAACGCUUUGCUCUGAUUGGUUUGGCCACUGUCACAGGAGGAACUUUGAUAGGACUGACUGGAGGGCUAGCUGCUCCUCUUGUGGCAGCAGGAGCCAGUGCUAUUAUUGGUGGUGUAGGAGCAGCAGCUGUUGGCUCCACUGUAGGUGUUGCCAUCAUUGGCUCUCUCUUUGGAGUUGCUGGAGCAGGUCUUACAGGCUACAAAAUGAAGAAACGAGUUGGAGCCAUUGAGGAGUUUGAAUUUGAGCCAUUGUUGUCUGGUGGGCCACUACAGCUUGAGACUAUAAAAAAACAGUUGCAUAUUGCUAUCGCUGUCACUGGCUGGAUUGAAAGUGGCAUGCAAGAUUUCAGACUGCCUUGGCGUAAUCUUGCUGAGUCACAGGAACAGUACAGUCUACGAUGGGAGUCCAAAUAUCUAAUGGAGCUUGGACAGGCUUUUGAAUACCUUUUUAAAAGUGCAGUCAGUGUGGCUACUCAGGAGGCCCUCAAGUAUACUGUUCUCUCAGAUGCAGUGAGAUCAGGCAUUUUGGCAGCCAUUACAUGGCCAGCAGCCUUAUUAUCCGUAUCAAAUAUCAUUGACAAUCCCUGGAGUGUUUCCAUGCAGCGAGCAGUGUCUGCUGGUAAGCAGCUGGCUGAGGUUUUGCUGGCAAGAGAGCAGGGCAAAAGACCAGUCACUUUGAUCGGAUAUAGUUUGGGUGCAAGAGUCAUAUUUUACUGCCUUGAAGAAAUGUCCAAGCGCAAAGGGAGUGAGGGGAUUGUGGAGGAUGUGGUUUUGCUAGGAGCACCAGUUUCAGGUGAUUAUAAACGAUGGGCACACUUCAGCAGAGUGGUGGCAGGACGCAUCAUCAACGGCUAUUGCAGAUGUGACUGGCUACUGAAGUUUCUUUACAGAACAGCAUCAGUACAGCUACAGAUUGCUGGACUUGCACCUGUGAAAUGGGACAAUCAUCACAUGCACAACAUAGACCUCAGUGAUGUUGUGACUGGCCACCUGGACUACAAGAAUAAACUUGACACCAUUUUACGAGUAGUUGGAAUUCACAUUCAAGAUAGAAUUUCUAAAACAUCCUUGUCAGGCCAUUCUCCAAAGCCAGCACCUGUGUCAAACUACCAAGACUGUGUAACUCCUCCACAGGUUAUCCAGCCUACAAUUCCAGAGAACCUGCUUCCACCUUCUGUCACUUCUUUCAGUUCAGAAAACAUAAAGGCCGGAAGUUCAUGUAGUCACAUUUGUCAAGAUGAAGCUCACAUUCCAAAUGAACAGGCAAUCAAGGCAAGAGAUACCAGGCUAGAACACAUUCAAGAUGAGGGCUGCAGUCAUGAUAAUGUAGAUGGGGUUUUGAGCAGUUGCUACCAAUUUACACAUGAACAGAAUGCUGGACUCACUGAAACAUCAACAGUGUCAAGUCAAAUUCACCAAGUUGGUGCAUUUGAGGAGUUUGUUCAUGCUUGCAGCAGCACAAGCAAGUCACAGACUCAGUCAAAUGGAGCAAACGGCAGUGAUUUGUUUGAGAACACAGAGUGUUUAGACAUUUCAGAUAAAACAAACAUGAAAGCUCAGAUUUUUCAGAUGACAUCUCAUAUACCUCAUCAAAUCCCUCUCCCAGCCUAGAAGAUGGUGAAAAAGACUCGUUGCAAAAACAACAAAUGUGAAUAUUUCUUCUUUGUACUUUUCUUUCAUCAGAAGGAUAGGGUUCUUUAUAUUGUAUGAAUCAUUUUUACUUCACUUAUUUAUAUGGGGACUACAAAUUUGAAAAGAUAUUAGCAAAUUUUAACCAGUAAGGAUUAUUUUAGGUUUGAAUAGACUGCAGCAGUAGAGUUAUGACACAAUUUCUUCAAAUUAUUCCAGAAUGAUAUUUUCAUAAAACUUAUUCCUAUUGCUGGGCCUUCAACAAUGUGAAAUUACAAGUGUCCAAACAAAGUAAAAAAAAAUUAAUAUUGUUUUCACUUGGACUAUUUUUUCUAUAGUCUACUUUUAAUUCUCAGUAAAAACUGAACAGGUUUUGAUUAUUGCUAUACAGUAUUUUAAUGUUAUGUCAAUAAAUUCCAAAUGAAGAAAUACUAAUUAUUAAUAAAGCAUUGUAGGAUUUGUGUAGAUUCUCUGCCACUUCUUUCUCAGUGACACCUACAAAGUUAUUCCCCAUAUUUGCCAUUCGUUUGCUCUCAGAUCAUCAACUUCCUGCUCACAUGGGAAAAUAGACUUUACAAAUAAGAUUUAUUAUUAUUGCUUCUUGUAUGGUUGAGUGUUCAGUUGUCUUUUGUGCGCAGCACAUUGAGUCUGCUUCAGAAUGGGAGAAUGUUCCACCCAAAAGCUGUCUUAGGAUUCUUGCCAGCAUGAUUUGAAAUGGAUUUUUUUCCCUUAUAUUCAUAGGCUUGAUAGACAUCUUAAUUUUUCCCUUCUUUUUGACACUUUAAAAUUUUGAACAUGUUUAAAAGCAAAAGUGACUAAGAAACUUCUCAAACAUACAUAAGAAAACAAAAAGGGAGAAAACUUGAUGUUUUUAUUCGCAUAAAAUCAGGUGUGCAGCAAUAUCUCGGACCUCAGUUUUGUUCACAAGAGGCAAUGGAUUACUUCAAAUCAAGACAAUCAUGGGGGGAAACAUACGCUAACAUUUUUUAAACAAUCACAUGCUCUCCACUUUUCCUCCACUUAUACCUUCUCUCCCUCACACCCUUUCCUGGUUGAUAAAAAAAAAAUUUGGCAUGUAAAUUGUAAUGUAAACUGCAGAUGAACAGCAUGAUAAACAAGGGGUUUAAAGCUUCACCACCAUUCACACUUCUGCAGAUCUGUGUAGAAUCUCUUUUAAAUCACAAAGGACUGGAUGAGUGGAGAAUGAGGAGGUGGAAAAUAAAUGUGUUAAAAUAUAACAAUUCUGCAGCUGUUUUGCCAUAACUGUUUACGGAUCAGGGUUUCGAGCUUAGUCAUCAAGAAAACAUUUUUCCACUCUACGCUGUCUCAAGCGACUUAUUAAGAAAAUCCUAUCAAUAGCUUUUGGAUAAUCUGGUUUGAAGUAACCUUUACUUAACUUACAUCACUCCCCCUUCUAAGAGAUGAGUGUCCUAUCACUGGAUACAACCCAUACAAGCACAAUCUUCUGUAAAUACAGCACUGCACAGAACAGAUUAUGUUAUGAACAGUAUUCACAAAUGGCAUUCCUGUAGAGUUGAAUCAACAAUAGGCAAUAUGCUUUCACAUUGUGUUCCUGGACAUCUCCCUUAUAUUACACAGGUAUCAAUUUGUGAUAAGGUGGGCAGAAUUGGGGUAUGGAGAUAUUUGUGCUUCUUUGACUAUUAAACAAACACAAAAAAACUAACUGCUAUGUCAAAUGUACCCAGUUGAAUUUCAACCUUCUCUCAAACCCUAAAUUCUCCAAGCACGUAAUUGUAAAAUCAGUGUCUAACACAACUAUCUUGCCGUCAUCUGCAACAGACACACACAAGAGAGAGA